AUGAUAUUUCAGGCCUCAAGGUUCAGCGCCUCGGGACGUAAAGUGCCCCUCGAGCCCCGCCGAAGCGAAGCAUGCCAGCCCAUGCAUGUUCUCUCGUUUGGAGAGGGGGGCAAAUUGGUUGUGUUUGUGUUCGUGUGUUGCUGUGGCGUGCGUGUUUGGAAUGCAUGCCGCGCCGCAACUGCCCUCAGACAGGAAUUUCGACCAACGCCGUUGCGUUUGGGGCGCGGUCCAUUUCAAGAUGAGCCUCUAGGCGCGUCUGUGUAUAUUGCCCUACGCCGCCGCGAACCUUCGCGUUUGGGGAAUGCCCUUCCCCCGAAUGCAAGAGUUGAACACUGA